AUGAAAACCUUAAAUUUACAUAUUCUAAAAAAGGAUCACUUUUGUAGUAUAGAUAAUAAAUUAGAUUUUCUAGCUAAUAAGUUUCAAAAAUAACCAAAGAAUUAAGUUGAUCAUCUAAAAGUCAAUAUAUCAAAAAGGUAUCAAUUAAAUGAGGAGACAGUUUAUUAAUUAAUAAUAUCACUCAAAUUAAUAAGAAUUAAUUAUAAAAAGAAUUAAAUUCCUAUAUAAAUUAAUUAUCUUAAAAAUUGA